AGUAUUGGGAAAGGGAUCCACCUAAUCUAGUCUCCAGGUGCGUACGGCUGGGCCCAGUAGACAUCGGCCUGCCGUCGUCAGUAAGAAGCAUGGGUCCAUCAGCACGGUCCCACCGUCGAUUCUCAUGCGGUAAACACUGCUUCCUUGUACACGAACUGAGGACGUCAAAACGCAGCAUCCUCAACGCACUGCGGGGGUCAACGACAUCUUGCGCGAUGCAGGCACCUUCGACCAACAUUUCGAGGGCGCUGAUGUCGCGCACAUGGAAGGCCAUACUCAGGCCUCCUAGGAACAGUACCAAGGGACCAUGGCAGCAACGCCAACAGUAGCAAUAGCGGUGUCGUUAGUGGCAACGGUGGUGACAACGACAACGGAAAUGGCAACGGAAACAACGGAAACAACGGUAACGAUGGCAACAGCGGUGCUGCUGAUUCCAACAGCUCUCCUGCUAACAACCUGCCUGCCAAUCACCUGCCUGCCAAUCAUUUUCCCGCAAGCAAUCCUCCUGCUGGAAACCCAUCCUCUGGCAGCUCACCUUCCGACAGUCCGCCUACCGCGGGCGCUCCAUCUGUACCCGACACAAGCCAGGUGAGGGAAGCAACCUUACGAGGAGCACCAGCCUCACCACACCAGGCGGAGACUCUUAGUCAGCAGGAUGUAUCUCGCAUGAGCUCAUCUUCUCAUCCAGCGUGACAGUCCUCGCGCUCACCCACUGACGCCCAUAGGUCGUGACGCUCGAAGCUGCGGCGAUGGCACAUUGACUCCCGGCUCUGGAACGAAAGGAAUGGGCAACAACACAACAGAUAGCGACAACCCAGGCUCAACGACCCCAGACGCC